AUGAUACUCGUCGUGCUCUUCGCCAACUUCGAAGGCAACAUCCGCAUCAAGAAGAUGAUACCCUCCUACUCCCAACCACUCACACCACAUCGAGAGGCCUGGAGCGUCAGCUCCUGCAAGCCCCGCAACGGCGUCGCCUCCCUCCGCGACGACAGCCUCGACACCUACUGGCAGUCGGACGGCGCGCAGCCGCACCUGGUCAACAUCCAGUUCCAGAAGAAGGUGCAGCUGCAGCUUGUUGUGCUGUACGUGGAUUUCAAGCUGGACGAGAGCUACACGCCCAGCAAGAUCUCCAUCCGGGCCGGCGACGGCUUCCACAAUCUCAAGGAAAUUAAAACGGUGGACCUUUUGAAGCCAGUAGGAUGGGUUCAUAUAUCAUUAUCUGGCACUGAUCCCCGAGAAACAUUCAUUCAUACAUUUAUGCUCCAAAUUGCGGUGCUGGCCAAUCACCUGAAUGGGCGCAGCUGGGACGGGGCGGCGUGGCCGGCUGGAGGCGGGGGAAAGGGGCAGCCGGGCGGGGAGGAGUCAACGAGAAGGGACGGCGCGGCCGGCUGGAGGCGGGGGAAAGGGGCGGCCGGGCGGGGAGGAGUCGACGACAAGGGGCGGCCGGCCUGGGCGGUGUCGUAG